UUCAAUUCGGAAAAGGGCAUCGCUUUGGGUUUUGUGGGAGUAUUUGAUCAAAACUUUUUAGACAACGAUUGAAGGAGGACAACAGAGCAGACGACGGACAGACCUGUUACAUACUUUUGUUAAAAACCAAAUGGCUGCCGCAACCGAACUAGAUUCUUCUCUAAAACAAGCCCUAAAUUUCCUCCAUUCCACAAAUCCUCAAUCAGCAGAGGAAAUUCGCAAUUGCCUCGAUGAUAUUAUCAAACAACGCUAUGGCAGCUCAAAAAUGCUCGCCAACACAAUAAGUCAGAAGCAUCUUGACGAAGAACCCCAGGCACCCGGGACCAUAGCCCUUCCCAUUGAGGUCGAAGACCUAACUCUUACCCAAUCGCCUAAAACAAUCACAGAUUCACCCAAUACAAUAGCUGAAUCCGAUGAUAUGGGCGGUGCUCUCACCAUAUCCGAGGAAGUGGAAAAUCUGAAGGAAUUCGGUGACCUUAAGUGUGUCGUCUGCGGGGAGAUGAUAGUCACGGCGACAAAUCGACUCAUAGAAUGCUCAAAAUGUGUAUCGUUGUAUCAUCAAAAUUGUCACAAGCCAAAUAUCACCGACGAGGAAGCGGACGAGCAGGAAUUGUCUUGGACUUGCAGCAAUUGCCAAAAUAAAACACCGGUUGUUGCGAAAAUAGUCCUCGAUGAUCCCAUUCCCCUGCUCAAACCAAAAUCCUCUUCAGCGUCUUCCUCAAGGUCGUCAUCCUCGUCGACUUCUUCAUCACCGUACUACCGACAGGAGCAUUCUUCAUCGUCGUCGAGUAGACACAACAAGGGAAUUUCAUCUAAGAAAUCUAGUUCAUCCAGGGACCCAACCAAUUCAGGGGUGUCGUCAUCGAAGUCUAGCACCUCCUCAUCUGUCGUCACUCCAUCGAUAAAUGUGAUAAGCGCCGCCGAUAAGACUGGUUAUUCGAGCAAGAAGUCGUCGCAUUCUAGUGGAAGCAGUAGCAGUAAAUCGAAGUCGAAGCAUCACGAGAGCAGCAGUGGCAGUGGCGGAAGCAGUAAGAGAAAAUCUAGUAAAUAAGUUAAAAAUGUACAUAAACAAAAAACAAUAAAGUAUAAAAUUUUAUUAAAAAAA